AUGACUAUCCAUUCACACUUGUCCACGCAAAUUAAGGAGGCUCAGCUCGACUCUUUGAAACCUGAAAAUGUGGCGAGUGAAACCCUAAGAGGGAUGGAUAAGAAUUUGGAAGUCAAGGGUGGCGGAGCCUUAUACCUCAUGGAUCGGAUCUGGACACCGAAACACGGUGGCUUCAGAGACUUGGUCAUGACCGAGGCACACAACACUCGUUAUUCCGUCCACCCAGGUUCAGAUAAGAUGUAUCUGGAUCUUAAAAAGCUAUACUGGUGGCCUAACAUGAAAUCAGAGAUUGCUACCUUCGUAAGUAAAUGCCUUACUUGCGCCAAGGUCAAGGUCGAAUACCAGAAACCCUCCGGUCUUCUACAACAACCAGAGAUACCGGAAUGGAAGUGGGAGCGGAUCACUAUGGACUUCAUAACCAAGUUGCCCAAGACAACGGGUGGACUUGAAACCAUAUGGGUCAUCGUCGACAGAUUGACCAAGUCCGCACACUUCCUGCCUAUCAAAGAAACAGACAAGAUGGAGAAGCUUACAAGAACCUACAUUCGGGAGAUUGUACGACUGCACGGUGUUCCCAUAUCCAUUAUCUCGGACAGAGAUAGUAGAUUCACUUCGAGGUUCUGGCAGUCGCUACAAAGUUCCCUAGGAACUAGGCUGGACAUGAGUACAGCCUACCAUCCACAGACCGACGGACAAAGUGAGAGAACUAUCCAAACCUUGGAAGAUAUGUUGCGAGCCUGUGUGAUCGACUUUGGGAAGGCAUGGGAUACUCAUUUACCCCUUGUCGAAUUUUCCUACAACAACAGUUAUCACACGAGCAUAAAGGCUGCUCCAUUCGAGGCCCUCUAUGGCCGAAAGUGCAGAUCCCCUCUGUGCUGGGCUGAGGUGGGUGAUACCCAGUUAGCUAAAGGACGAGUUCCUGAAAGCACUCUCACGGGUCCGGAGAUCAUUCAGGAAACGACAGAGAAGAUCGUUCAGAUUCGUGAACGAUUGAAAGCCUCUAGAGACCGACAGAAAAGCUACGCUGAUAAACGAAGGAAACCGUUGGAAUUCCAGGUGGGAGACCGUGUUCUAUUGAAGGUCUCACCCUGGAAGGGCUUGAUACGCUUUGGAAAGCGUGGAAAGCUAAAUCCAAGAUACAUAGGGCCUUUCGAGAUUCUCGCUAGAAUCGGUCCUGUAGCUUACAAACUUAACUUACCACGCGAACUCAGUAACAUACAUUCUACUUUCCACGUCUCGAACUUGAAAAAGUGUCUGUCCGACGAGACUCUUGUAAUCCCACUCGACGAGAUCGAGAUCAACGAGAGCCUCAACUUCGUGGAAGAACCAGUAGAGAUCAUGGACCGGGAGGUCAAGCAAACGAAACAAAGCCGUAUCCCGAUAGUGAAGGUUCGUUGGAACGCCAAGCGAGGACCUGAAUUCACUUGGGAGCGAGAGGAUCAGAUGAAACUGAAAUAUCCUCGUCUUUUUACUUAG